AUGCACGGCUUGGGUUUCGUUUUGCUGGUCACCAUCGGCAUCGCCGCGGCGUGUGAGAGAAUUGUUGCGGCGGUAGAAGCUGAGGCCACGACACAAAUCGACACCGAGGUGCGCAAGUACAUCAACAUCAUGUGCGACAAAGUGCCGUUUGAAAACAUCAAGAAGCAAUGCCUCAAGACGCUGAAUGGGCUCAUCGACCAGCUCGUCGUCUACAUCAAGGACCGGAAGGCGCCGAAAGUGGCAUGCAAGGCCGUCGGACUCUGCAAGGGAGGACAAUCGACUUCACAAAGUUUGCCCAUCGCUACAGAAACCGAGAAAGCGAUCGAGGAAUCCAUGUUAUGCUGGGCGUGCGAGUUGGUGGUUCAGGAGAUUGAAGAAAUGGUAGCGCCGGUGAUCGAAACCGAAAUUGGCAAGGCGAUCAACAACGCGUGCAGCAAGCUGUGGUUCGACAUGCUGAAGGCGAAAUGCGUCACCGUGCUCACCGCGCUUGCCGCCGACCUCGCCCAAUAUAUCGCCGAUCAUCAAGCGCCGAAGGUGGCGUGCAAGGCCGUCGGACUCUGCAAGGGAGGACAGUUCUGUCUCCCGAAU